GCAAAGGGGCUGGGGCGCAGCAGGCAUACAGGAUAGAUAAACAUCUUAUAAAGUCUUUAGAGGCUGAUUCCAUUAGCUGGGGAAUGGACAGCACCAUGUCAGCACUGCGUUUGUUGUAUAAUGUCUCAAGAACAGGUAGCGCAGUAAAUGCAGUCUUGUUCCGCCACUUUGGAUCUUCUGCACAUCGAUUAUGUUACAAAUAUGUAAAUGCUAGAGAAGAACCAACAGACUUCAAGUCCAUCACUGACAGAGCUGCUCAGACUUUAUUUUGGACAGAGCUUUUUAGAGGUUUAGGCAUGACUUUCAGUUACCUACUUCGUGAACCAGCAACAAUCAAUUAUCCAUUUGAGAAGGGCCCUCUUAGUCCACGUUUCAGAGGAGAGCAUGCUCUCCGUAGGUACCCUUCUGGAGAGGAGCGGUGCAUUGCAUGCAAGCUCUGUGAAGCCAUCUGCCCUGCCCAGGCUAUUACAAUUGAAGCAGAACCAAGGGCAGAUGGUAGCCGAAGGACCACUCGCUAUGACAUUGAUAUGACAAAGUGCAUCUACUGUGGAUUCUGCCAAGAAGCUUGUCCUGUUGAUGCAAUUGUGGAGGGUCCCAACUUUGAAUUUUCUACUGAGACACAUGAGGAGCUUCUAUACAACAAAGAAAAACUGCUCAACAAUGGUGAUAAGUGGGAGGCCGAGAUUUCAGCUAACAUUGAGGCAGACUAUCUAUACCGGUGACCUGCAAUCUCUGUCUUCCUUGUGGGGGCCAGCAUGUAUACUGUGUUUGUGUUCUGCUUCAUUCCUGCAGCCUAAGGAUUCCAUCUUGUAACCGGCUAUGGGACUUGUAUAGUACAAAACUUACUUUAUUUAACUACCUUCUUUAAUAAAAAGGAAUAAGUAUUGUGUGUUGCCUCUUUAA